UGGAAAUACUUGAGGCUAAUUCUCUACCUUAAUAUUUGACCUGCUAGUAGCCUGGUAUACAUAUUGGGAAGCUUGGGUUCUGAUGGAGAUUUCUGUUGGCAACAAGUUUCGCUUGGGCAAGAAGAUUGGCAGGGGAUACUCUGGAGAGAUUUAUAGUGGUACUAACAUGAGAACAAACGAGGAAGUUGCAAUUAAGCUUGAAAGUGUGAAGACCAAGCAUCCUCAGUUGCUGUAUGAAUCAAAGUUGUAUGCGCAUCUACAUGGAGGAACUGGAAUUCCAGAUAUCAAGUGGUUUGGAGUGGAAGGAGAUUAUAAUGUUAUGGUGAUGAAUUUGCUUGGACCUAGUCUUGAAAAUCUCUUUGACUAUUGUGGAAGAAAAUUUUCUUUGAAAACAGUUCUCAUGUUAGCAGAUCAAAUGAUCAAUCGUGUAGAAUUUGUUCAUUCUAAAUCAUUUCUACACCGUGAUAUUAAGCCAGAUAAUUUUCUCAUGGGAUUACAGAGCCGAGCAAAUCAGGUUUCCAUCAUAGACUUUGGUAUUGGUAAAAAGUAUAGAGACAGGUCAACUCACCAACACAUACCUUACAGAGAGAAUAAAAACUUGACUGGGACAGCAAGAUUUGCUAGUAGGAACACCCAUCUUGGUAUCGAGCAGAGCAGAAGGGAUGACAUGGAAUCCCUUGGAUUCGUUUUUAUGUACUUCCUCAGAGGAAGUCUCCCAUGGCAAGGUAUGAAUGCUAGAACUAAAAAAGAGAAGUAUGAGAGGAUCAGUAAAAAGAAAGUUUCGACAUCCAAUGAAGCAUUAUGUCAUGGUUUUCCGACCGAAUUUUCUUCCUACUUCAAUUAUUGCCAUUCAUUGCAAUUUGAGGAUGAGCCUGAUUAUGCUUAUUUGAAGAGAGCAUUCCGUGACCUUUUUAUACAAGAAGGAUUUCAAUUUGAUUAUGUUUUUGACUGGACUGUAAAAAAGUACCCACAGAUGCAAACGACUGCCAAAUUCGGGACCCUUGAGCCAACUGCUGGAUCAAGUAUCGCAAUCCAGUCUACUAAUCCAAACGUUGACCCACAGCUAGGUGACAAAGAAGUGAGGCAAGGUUUUUCUUCUAUUGAUCUUUGUGGUAGAAGCAGCCAUGGACAAGAUUUGUAUAGAAGAGUUUUGUCUAAGCAGAAGAGUCCGGUAGUGAGUGACUUACUCAAGGGCAAAGACAUGUUGCCAAGCUCCAGUUCUUUAGGAAGAGCAGGUGGGUUAUUUAGACAAGCUGGCGUCUCUAGUAGCUGGGAACCAUUUACAGGCGGGAACGAGUUAGAUCCUCUUCAUUCCCUAACCGCUUAUGAUCCGAGUGAUGGCCUGGUUCCUUCUUUUUUUACGUGUGACAUCUGUGUGGAACAAAAACCAUUUAAGGAAUCAUUCCCUGUAAAGGGUUGUACUCACUAUUAUUGUUCUGACUGUGUUCACAAGUAUGUGGAAUUAAAGCUACAGUUCAACAUCACCCAAAUCCCUUGCCCAGAUUCAGGUUGUAAUGGUCUUUUGGAGCUUGAACAUUGCCAGUCUAUUUUGCCUCCGGAGGUGUUUAAUAGAUGGGGGGACGCUUUAUGUGAGGCUCUAAUACUAGUCUCUCCAAAAUUUUAUUGUCCCUUCAAGGAUUGUUCUGAACCUUUAAUACAGGAUGCUGAUAGUAAUGGAAUAGUAGAAUCUGAAUGUCCGAGUUGCCGGAGAUUAUUUUGUGCCAAGUGCAAGGUUCCUUGGCACUCGGGUAUAAAGUGUGUGGAGUUCCAGAAGUUGCACAAAAAUGAGAGGGAAAGUGGCGAUAUUAUGCUCAUGCAACUAGCUAAGAAAAACAAAUGGACCCGUUGUCCAAAAUGCAAGUUUUACGUGGAAAGGUCUGAAGGUUGCUUGUUUAUGAAAUGCAGGUGCGGACAUACUUUCUGUUACAACUGUGGAGCUCCUCUAGUGAACCACUACUGUACCAACUGCAAGCAUUGAAUCAUGGUACAUACUCUUAACAUCUACCUUAGUGUACAAGUUCUUAGCAUCCCCCUCAACAUGUACAGUACCGGAAAAGCCCCCACAUAAGCAACCUUGUUGUUCUUUCCAUGAUCUGUACAGAAACUAAUGAUGCAAAAUAUGUUUUAAAGAGAAUCCUCUUUCAUUUGA